ACGAGAUCCGAACCCAUGUAUCUCCCCCAGCGGCAGACAUGCGGCUUAUGAAGGAGAACCCUGGCCUAAGUAGCACAGCAGACAGAUGGGUACGCCGAUGCACGGCCGAUAGUACUUGGUACCAGCGAACGUCGCCAGGUGGAUAUAUUCUUGGCCAAAAUCAUCUGUACAGCAAAUCAUUCAUUAACUGGACAGAUGUCGUAAAAACAUGGAAGCAGGAAAAGACGAAUUUCGCUUACGGCUCAACGGGAAAUAACGCGUCACUGGUUGGAAAUUACACACAGAUGAUUUGGGGUGAAACCUCAUCUGUUGGAUGUAGCGCUGCAAAUUGUGGUACUUUCUUCAUCUACGUCUGCCUGUAUGCUACCAUCCCUAACACCCAGCCAUUAGAUAAGCCAUACAAAGAGUCUGUGUCAAACUCAUCGUGCGACGACUGUCCGGGCCACUGCAAUGCAAGCACCCACCUCUGUGACUACGGUGGAUUGAUAUGCCUCAGCGGGUCUAAGUUGAACAUGACUACAUACACAUGUGAUUGCGUGUCAACCGUGUUGCCAGGAACAUACAGUGGCAGUGAAUGCUCGUUAAACUGCGUUGGAACCAAUGACAUCAAUCCAGAAUGUUCAAGGUCACUACGUGGCACAUGCGACACGAACAUGCACACGAUGUUCCGUUGCCCUUGGAUGUGUAACGUCUGUCCGUACUCGGGUUCAAGUUGGAACGUCACUGUUAUAUCACGGAUGCCAUGGGAGAAUGGUCUUCCGUUGUGCACAACAACGACUCUCGCAACAACUCUGCGCAUUGGCAGCAGCGGCUCGUCUACUUCCUUUCCAGCGCAGCACAACAGUGCACCUACUGCAAUGUCACGACCACACGUCAUGGGGACAUGUUUCACUGUUUGGUUCAUGUUCGUUAUGUUUUUGUAACACGUGGUAACACGUGGAAAUACGUCUCGUAAUACCAAGACCUUGUUGC